AUGAGGGCAAUCCUGGCUUCUCUGUGCAUAUUGCAGAUUGCUGCUUUGGAGUAUACGCCAGAAGCCCUCAAGGAUGAGAUUCAUGAUUUGCCUGGACUUCCGGCCGAUGUGAACUUCAAGAUGUUCUCAGGAUACAUCGAUCUCACACCGCUGGGUCAGAGGCCCAAGAGCAAAGAAAUCUUCUAUUGGUUCGUGGAGGCUCAAAAGGAUCCAGACAAUGCUCCGCUGGUUUUCUGGACCAAUGGCGGUCCGGGCUGCAGUGGGCUGGCUGGCUUCCUCACUGAAAUGGGCCCCUUUAAGGUCGGGUUCGACGGGAAAAACUUGGUGCACAACCCCUAUGCCUGGAACAAGAUUGCCAAUAUGAUCUUUGUUGAGCAGCCAGCUGGUGUCGGCUUCUCACCGGCCGGUGAAAAUCCCAAAUACAGUGAUGAAAACUCCGCCAAUGACAAUCGGCACUUCAUCAUGAAGUUCUACGAUCGCUAUCCGGCCUUGAAAACUCAUGAUUUCUAUCUUUCAUCUGAAUCCUAUGGGGGUCACUACCUGCCGACCUUGGGAAAAGUACUGGUCGAGCAAGGUGGGGUUCCUUCUUUCAAAGGGAUCAUGGUUGGCAAUCCCUUGACGUACAUGCCCUAUCGAGACCAUGGCUUCUAUGGGACGUGUUGGGGGCACCAGCUGCUUCCAAAGCCCCUGUGGGAUGCAUACGUCGAGCAUGACUGCGCAAAGUUGAAGAACCCAUCCGCACAAACGCCGGAUGAAUGCUGGUCCGUGACCAACGCGAUGCAUCGUAUCCUUUCAGGGUUGGACCCCUAUGCGCUAGACUUUCCCACCUGCGUCGGUGGUGGGGCUGCGACAGGACAGCACGAACGACUGGCAAUCCUGAAAACGAUCGCUCGCGCCACAAAACAACCUGAACAAAAAUAUCAGCCCUGCUCCGAAGAUUUGACGACGCAUUAUUUGAAUUUGAAAGAGGUGAAGGCAGCCAUCCAUGCGCGGGACUUUACAUGGCAGUUGUGCAGCGGUGAAGUGAAUUAUCUCUACAAUCCUCACGACACCCAUGCACCGAUGAUGCCACUUUGGAAGUUCCUCAUUGAGCAUGCAAGUUUGAAUUUGAUGAUCUUUUCGGGCGAUGACGACUCCAUUUGCGCCACACUUGGAUCGCAGCAAUUCAUUUGGGACCUUGGCUAUGAGACAGACGAGGCGAAGAACUGGGCUCCCUGGAAGGUUGAUGAUGAAAUUGCGGGCUAUUGGACUGAGUUCAAAGUGCCGGCGGGUGGGAAAUUUGCUUUCGUAACAGUUCAUGGGGCCGGACACAUGGUACCAUCAACUCAGCCAAAGAGUGGCCUGGCGAUUUUCGAGAAGUUCCUGAAGAGGACCGUUGGCAAAACGACGUUGGCAACGAUGUGA